GACGAGUGGUGUGUAAAAGCAGGCGCCAUUUGGUCCGUUUUAGGGCAAAAGUACGGUUUCCGGUGAGGUUGGACGAGCGCGUGUGGUAUUUUGGGCAUUCGUGACCGUUACCGCCCUUGCGCGUAGCAAUACAACAACAUAGCGUCACCUACGGACUCAGCUGUUUCCCGCCACCAGAAAUCGGCUGCAAGUCGGCAAAGUGUGUUGUGCGGAUUUUUCGCUCUCGGUCUUCUCGACGACGACGGCUACUCGUGUCUCAGGCGAAGCAGAAAAUAUAGUGCCUCGGUGUACAACUAACAGGGGGUUAUCAUCAUCCGCUGGCGAAGCAAGAAGCGGUGACUCUCGAGGAACUUGUGCGUGUUCCCCCGGUCUCAGUUUCAUUCGGAAGAGGGUUCUUAUUUUUCGGGUGUUUGCUUUGCCGGGAUCGUAUAGAAGGAAGUGCUAGAAGUAAUAACCGAAAUCGAAUCACAGGAACCUGUGCGUACGGUGUCGAUUGAAAGGAAAGUGAAUACGCGACGGAACGGGAGGAAAGGUGAAAAAUAGUGUGGAAUGCGAAUAUCGGAUGUGUAUAGAAGUGGGUGAGAGUGAGCACGAGCAAAAAACGGGAUCAAUCGUAGUAGAUAACAAUAAUAGUAGCAACAGCAUCAUUUACUGAUAACGAAAAUAAAUGGUCACCAGGAAGAUUAUUUGAAGGGGGAAAGUGAGUGAACAGCAACAUCAUCAUCAACAGCAAGCAGCAAUCAGACGCAGCGAACGAAGGGAAAACUUAACGCGAAGAAAACAAUAACAAUAACACACCCUUUUACUACAUAGCUUGGGCAAACUUGUGCGAAAAGUGCACGCGGUGUUAGAUUAGGAUUGCAUCAACAAAAAAUCCAACGCGCUGUGCUGUUUUCGGGAAAAAUCCUCAACACCAAAAAAGUGUGAUGAUUUUUUAUUCUAUUCCGCCUGACCGUGCCGAAGCGGGAAAUAUUGUCAACCUUACUGGCGGCAGUGCCCCAUCGAUGUUCUCCGAACUGCUGGAGGCAGUUAGCAAAAAGUGAUUUUCUGAUGGAUGGAAUUUCCCCGUGAGUGCGAAAAAUUUUCGAAAGUCGAAUCAGUAGUUGAAACGUGAAUUAUUCGUUGAUUGUUUUCUAAGUGAAAUAAUAAAAUAAUAAUUAGUGAAAGGUGAUAAAGCAAGUAUUCGGUCGCACUAUCAGGUGGAUACGGCGUUCAAUCGAGCAAAGAGAAUAGUAACGAAUUUGGUGGUUCCAUAGCAAACGUUCGAUCAGAAUGUCGGUGGUAGAUUUUAUGUGCAAAGCGGAGGACAAGAUGCAGGACAUUAUUGAGGAUGAUGCAGUCAGAUACUGCCAGGUCACCUCCGAGGACGGAGGGGGUGGCGGUGGCGGCGGCGGCGGCGGUGGUGACGGUAGCAGCAAUUCGGCCGUCCGCGGCAUCGUGAUGGACAAGGACGAGAAACGGAUGCGCCGGGAGAUUGCCAACAGCAACGAACGACGACGCAUGCAGAGCAUAAACGCCGGCUUCCAGAGUCUCCGGCAGAUGCUGCCGCAUCACGAGGGGGAGAAGCUAAGCAAGGCGGCGAUCCUCCAGCAAACUGCUGAGUACAUCUACACCCUGGAACAGGAGAAGACUAGACUGCUGUCGCAAAACUGUCAGCUAAAACGGUUACUAGACCAGCAGGAUCAUAGUGGGGCGGUAGCAGCAGCAGCAGCCGAGCCCCAGCAAGCCAUCACACAGACUGUUCCGGGAGUGACCGUACUAACUGCAACGGGAACCGUGGCGACAGCCGCAGUCGUUGUUAGCAACGCCUCAACGGUAGCCACGAUCCAGCCAGCAGCCCCACAGGUGGCCACCAUAGCAAAAAAGCGAAAAAUUGACGCCAUCAUCCAGCCGGUGUCGGAUUCCUCAGACGAAGGACUUGGCUCGAUGUCACCGGAGCCAGUCGGUCUCAUGCAGGUCGUGAACAAUGCGACUGGAACUACGCUAAUAACCGCGGUUAAUGGACGGCCAUGCCCCCCAUUCAACGUAUCGGCGAAGGACUUCUUGGAUUUGAAGCACCAACUGGAGAUCGAGCGGCGAAAGAAGGCCGUAUUCGAGGAGAGACUGAAGGCUUUAGAACGACAGAUCUACCCCGCUCGGGUACUCUAUCAAGACCAUCCGGAAUUGACUGAGAGUAGUGAAGCGCUGGAAGAAGCAGCCGUACCAACGAUAACCAAAACGGUCACAGCCAAAAGAGAUCAGGACAAUGUUCAACUGAUCGCACUGGACACCGGUAUAGUCGGUAAGAAGCAGUUGGUCGUCUGUGGGCCGGAAAUCAUCGAAGAGACUGUACCACCAUUGCCCAUUGCCAAGCCAGCGAUUGUUCCCGUAAAGGAAGAAAAAGUGUUCAUCAACCGAUCUCGGUCACGAUCGCCUACGAUCGAAACGAUUGUCACAUUGCCUCCCAAGAAAAACCGCUAUCCUACGAUCCUCGAAGCGGCCAUCAAAGCCGAACCUAAAGUGGAGGUCGAACGCAUUGAUUCCCCUUCUUCAAUCGUCGUCAACGAGGAUCGCCUGUCGCACCUUACAAGCAGUAAGUUGGUCACAUCCCAGCAGCAACAAGCGUCAUCGCGCAUCAACACCUGCCGCCAUAACUUGGAGACGAUAGUUGAAGCGAUACGGCAUCUAGAAGGUGAUGCAUUCGACAACGUAGGUCCUGCACAACUGCAACAAGCAUCGGCGGUUCGUGCGGCGGUGCAGGAAGUACCUCUCGCGUUAACCACCUCCAGCAAACAGAAGGAGCGUGAACAUCGCCAAAGUCAGUUAGAACCGUACCUGACGUUCCGAUCACCACCAUCCACUGGCGCGUGUGCGCCAGCCUCCUCCACUACCUCCUCCUCCAUCAUCCCUUCCAGUAACACUCCCAGCAAUCUGAGCGGCAACCCCGCCAUUGUGUCAGUCUCUAUCACCCCUACCGUGGCGCUGGCCGCCGGAGGUUGCAGUCCCUCUCCUUCAGUCCCAUCCGCAUCCACCCCCGUCACACAACACACCGCAUCGCAGAUUCUCCAGCAGCACCAGCAGUGUCGACCGGGUGUGAUCGUUGUUAAGCAAACCUCAUGAUCAGCUGGCAUCACUGCUUCUUCUUCAUUCCUAUCUGGCGUCUCGGUUGCAUCUGCAGCAGCAUCAUCAGCAGCGUCGUUGUCGUAUUCUGGUUCUGGUUCGCACCCUUCAUCAGUAGUGACCGCUGCAAGCACUGUCGGGCCGGUCGGCACACUCGUGAUCAACAGCGGCAGCAGUAGCAAGCAAAUGAAGAUCGUCAGCUGUAAGAACGUUGGCGGCUGCAGCGGGACGUCCAAUGUGAUCAUCCAGUACCGCCAACCUCCUCCUCCACCUCAACCCAUGAUCGACGAUUUGGACAAAUAACGAGGCAACGACUGCGGCAGCGGUGGCGAUCGACAUUGGCGUAGGAAUCUAUUUUGUUGAUUAUUUUUAUAUACGGUUUAUAUUACUUUUUCGCUUCCACAAACUGACCUGAACCCCCCCUGAGAGUCCCUCUGAUGAUCAUCCCUCGACGGUAUUCCGCCUACAUACAUUAGUAAGUUGUGAUUUUCAUAGCAAUUUUAUUUUUCAUAUUUUUGACAGUAGUUUAAAGAACCAUUCUUUAAGUUUAUAUUUCUAUUGCAAUGCAUUUUUUUAAUCAAGUGAAAGUUAUAACGAAGUAAAAGCGAAAAUUGAUAUGACGUUUUAAGUAUCAAACAAAAACCAAUACAAACACAUACAUUAACAAAUAUACUUGAUAAGAAAGUUGGACAAAGAAAAACAUGUUUGACGAUUAGAAUAAGUAAGUGCAAAAGGUAGGAACGAAAGAAGGAUUACUUUUUUCGUGAAAUAGGCAUUUUUUCUUUUCUUUUUUGUUGUAAUUAAACAAACCCAUCUAUUCAAGCUGAUAGUCCUUUUUUCUUAUAAUAAAAAUAAAAAUAAAAGAAUGGAAGGCUGCCUUGACAUUAACCUGUGUAGAAACUCCCCAAAUUAGAUCAAACAUAAUCAAGAUUUCGGGCUCCAUUUUUAUUCAUCAUUUUUGGCGAUGUUUUUAGUUUUCUUGAAUUUUUUCAAUCGAUCAUGCCCGAGAGUCAGUCUGAUGGGAGCAGAUGUUUAGUUCCGAACAAUCGAUUCUUCACGUAUUUUUUUAAUUCCAAUGGUUGAAACUCGGUGUUUGUGAACAUGCUACACAGGUUGAAUGUGGGGUUAGAUAACUCAAAUGGAGUAAAAACGAUAUUUUCCAUGAAAUUGAUCUGUUUUGAGAGUCUUUUUUUGUAGUAAGUGAACGAAUUAUUUCCUGAAUUGAAUCAUUUUUCGAAUUGUAUACUUCUUCGAAGCGAUGCACAUUUAGUGUUGUGUUUAAGCAUUUUUAGUAAAUAAAUGAAUGACCAUACUAAAAGUGUAACGUUUUAGAUUUGGUGUGAUCAUCAAAAAUAUAUAAACAGCGAGAAAGCAAUAGCAGAAAAAUAACUUUGAGCAUCAUAUGCCGGGAACUUUUAGUCCAAUAAGUUUUAGUAUGUAACGAAUGGAAUACAAACACAAUAAAAAAAUCAAUUCUGGAAAUUAUUCAGGGCAAAUGAAAUGAUCCAUAGCAAAAUAAAGUUAAACAGACACAAAACACAUUUGAGCUAGUCGUUUUUUCCUCAUCCUUCUAUGGAAACUUGGAAUGUGGAAGGAAAACAUCUACUCAAGCCGCACUUCUGUCCCAUUUUGCAAAAUUUAUACCUUUGCCGCAUUCAAAAUUGUUUUGCCACUUAUUCUACAAAUAGCACGUUUCAGCAGCUCUCGCAUGUAGAUCAAUGACGCGCUAGCCAAGUCCUUAAAGUCAGUUAGGAAAUGAGGAGAUUGUUAGUGUGUAGUUAUUGUUGCGACUUGUUGACUGAGAAUUCACCAUGAGAAGUGAUGUGGCUUGAACCCACAACCUCCUGCCUAUUAAGCAGAAAUGGUUGUCAUGAUUAUCAUGUAGCAUGUCAUCGCUUAAAACUUUUAAGCACUCGCACGCUUUUCUUAUUUUGUGUUAGAUGACACUGGAAUGAUGAGAUCAUACGCGAGACUCACAUAAAAAAUACCGAGAAAUAUUUAAAAAAACAACUUGAGGAUAAAUACAUUAACUAUGUAAUUUGUAUUGGUAUUAUCUACAAGUAUUGCUAAUGAAUCUACAACGUUCGCGUUAUUUAGGCCGUCUGAUAACGCCACCAGCCCAUGGCAGUUUGUCGUGUUUUAAAUGCAAUUCAAGCUCAACUCUCAAAACAGAACAGCGAAAAAUGGAAAAAUCAAUAAUCAGAAAAUCAAAAAACGGUUUACAACAAACGAUUAUCCGACGCUAAGACUAGUCGAACCGCGUCACCUAGCAAAAACAUCUUUAAAACAAUUCUUUGUCGCAUCCUCCUAGCCAAUCGUUUUGUAUGCAAUGAAAAAAAAAAACAGAAGGAGAGAGCGAUAAGAUCGGAAACUCUCCCCAACCCUUUUAAAAAGGGACCCACUGCGAAUCAAAUUCGGCUAAGAAAAAUAUGUUUGGUUUUCUUCCUCCUAAUUAAUUGUAUUCUGAAUGGAAACUAUGUUUCCCAACCCGUCUAGUAAAGAAAAAUUCUAGCAAUAACUUUGAAAAAAAAUAUAGUUCAAUUUAUCCUCGGAGCUGAUUUACUGUUUUAGUUUUUAAAACUUUUAGGUUACGAUUAGGAAUGUAUUAUGCGAGGGAUGGCUUAGCCGAAAACGUAUACAAAUUUUGAAAAAGUAAAAAUACAUGAAUAAAUAAAUAAAGUGGACGAUUUGCUGAGCGACGGAUAUCGUUUCACUCCGUGGGAGUGACCUAAUCAAGCAGAGAAAAAAAACUUUGUUUUGCUUGACUUUCGCUAAUUUAUUGGUUAGGGUGUGAUUAAUUUGUUUUAGUUUUGGUGACAUAUGUAAAAUUAGAAAACCGUGUUGCAAAAUUUGCAUUGUGAUUCGGUUUAACAAAAAGAGAGAAAAAGAGAAUGGAUGAAGCGGAUGAGGGAGUAGAGUAAAAACGAGAGGAUAAGAAUUGCGACUUAGUAAAUCAAUUGUAUGAUUUAUCCGCAUUCAGAAAUAAAGUGAAUAUUUAAUGGAAGAAUAUUGAGGUUAGGAUUAAGGGCAGAAAAUAAAACAUAAGGAAAGUAAAACUCUAAACAUUACUGAUUAAGUAUUUAAAGAAAAGCAUUACUGUAGAAAAGGUGAGCGUCGCGACGGUGAGGAAGUGAAAUAUUUCAGAAUAUAUAGUUCGAAUCUCUUUACUGGUGAAGCAUAAUAAUUAAUACUAUUAUUAUUACUACUAUUACACUGAAACUAAAACCCAAGUACAUUUACGCGUUCAAAGAAAAAAAAACAACAAAGUGAAUAAAACUAAAUGUAUUGAAUUGAUUUUUUCUUUUUGUAUUCAUCAUACUACUUAUACUGACGAUAGAUACGAAGCAAACACACAAACACAAACAAGCAAACAAACACACAUUUAUAAACAUUAUUCAACUAAAUCUACUUGUGGAACGGCGAAAAUGGGCAAUGCAGCUGAAUAGCAGACAAAAGUGAAGUGGAGCUGCAUUCGUUUUACGUAGAGUAUUUCCAAGAAAAGAAGUUCAAGUGUUGAGAAACAUGAUUUGAAAUGAAAUUUGUGUAAACAUUGUGAACGUUCUUCUUGCAAAGUUUAGUAUCUAAUGUUCAACAUACAAUAAAGAAAAAAGAAGAGCAGUAAACGGUAAACAGUGAAACAAGCCCGUAAUAAUGUUAUCAAAUAUUAUGAUUUAACGGCAGAAAAGGCAAAAUAAGAGGUUUAACAUUAUAAUAACAGAACAACACAAAUAAUAACAAGAACUCUAGAAAAACCAUCGCAUAAUGGAAGAUGAACAGAACAGUUUUCGGAUUCGCGCGUAUAAUAGUGUGUACAAAGGUAUCCGAAGCUGCUGAGUAUUUCCGUUUACAUUUUUUCAAAAUAUUUAAAACAUUUUUCGAGAAUUGUACUCCUUUUUUGAGCUAGCCGGUUAGUCAGUCAGUCAGUCAGUGGUAUAAAGUACUAAACAUUGUUUACAAGAUGAGCGGUCGGUUGAGUAUUAGCGAAGCCAUGAACGUGGCAAAGGAAACCCGAUAAAAAACGACAAAUUUGAAAAAAAAAACUUUGAUCAACGGGCUAACUAACUAUUGUUCAAAACGGUGACGACCGCAAGACACCCCUAGUGCGUAGCAGGGGAAGAGAAAACCAACGUGAAUACUGCCCAUCAAAUGCCUGAAAUAUCUUAUUGUCCUGAGAACCAGUUUUACCGAGUUUAUCGCAGAGUUUGAGGAGCCAGCAUGUUGUGAGUUUUCCGAAACACAAACGUAAAUAUUUAAGUGAAAACAAAGUGAACAAAAAAAAACAAAUGAAAGAUAUGUCAAACUAAAAUUAAACUCCAAAUUCACCGAUAUUGUGUCAUUAUCCGCAAAAAAAAUGCAAGUUCAAGAUCAUCGAUUGCGCUGCAAGAAUAAUAGUCGUACAGUUUCCAGAACAAGCAACUUAAACAAGAAAGAUAUACACGAUUUCAUCCGAUACGAAUUUACCCGGUCGGAUAGACGAAGUGGACUGCUUAUCAGGCGGAUGGACGGGCAAUAUUCGGGGCAAGUAAAAAAAAAACACAUGAUCCCCCGUUUUCGUUUCCGAUGUAAUUCGAUGUAAAAACAUUUGAGGGUUUUCUGGUGGACAUCAAAGAGAGCUGUACAGUUUUGAAUAUAAUUUCGAACAUGACUCAUGAAUUUCAAACACUGGCGUUUUAACGCCCUAAAACUUAAAUUUCCUUAGGUUUUAGAUUCGGACGAUCAAGAUUACAAAUGAAUUCAACAUUCUACGGAAAGAAUUAAGUUGAAAUGACCAUUUAAAAGCGGGUGCUUGGAAUUUAAGUCAAAACGGUAUAUUUUAUUCAGGAACGGCAUGGGAUAUCAAUUAUUUUUUAAUGAAACAUAACAUUUAGUUUUUACUUUUUUUUAAGCUUCGUUAAUGUUUUAUUGAAAUUUGGCCGGCAAGUGUCUUGCUAGUGAUUGUAUAUCAAUGUUAUUAAAUGACAUACACCGAUGUUGUACUUUGACACAACUUGAAACAUCAAAUCGACUAUUAAAAUUAUUGGAUUAUUUUAUAUUUUUUUUCACAAAUAUUACUCGAUAGGUUGAAAAAAUAACUUGUCGUAGAUAGAUCAAAUAACAAAAGUUCGGCAAAUUUUGAAUGAAACUUCAAUGUUUUUGGUCAUUUUUUAAAACGAAGUUGUAAGGAUUCCGUGAAAUGCUGCUGCUAACCGCAAGUCAAACACAUAUGAGUUCUCAUCGAUUUUCACAUUUCAGUUGACGAACUAUCAACUUCGUAUAGCAUAUGGUUUGCCGAGUUAGCGUCCGCGGUACCGGACAUCAAGUGGGACACUAUGAGAAUUAGGAGAAUUCCAUUAGUAAGGGGUACUGAUAUCGGACAAUUGUAAUUUGGAUUGUGUGUAGAUUUGAGAUGAAUUUGCUCGUUUCAUUCAGACAAACUUCACGUGAUCCGAAAAAAUACCAUUAUGGUCGCAAGGGUUAGGUAUCACCGAUUCCAACGAGCCAUAGACUAGUACGGAUGUUCUGAAAGAGCAAAGCAAAUUAAUAAUUUGAAAUUUACUUUCCUUACUAGUCCUAUAAAGAAUAAAUGCUUUAUACGAGUGCCCGUAACAGCCUGAGUACCCAUCCUUUUUGUUAAAUAGGAAGAUCCGCAUCGAGGGACUUCUAUUUUUUGCCAUCCUGCUGCCUUGUCAGUAGUGAUUCCGCUCCAACAAUCGACCAAACCACUUUUCAGAGUUGGAUUUUAUUGAUCACAGUAGGCUCGAUGGCGAUUUUGACCCCAGUAAGUCCAGUAAGUCCAUGCUGGGUUGAGUUUCCUCAUUAGGAAGGAGUCGACCUUUCGCAGACGCAGAGUCAUACAGUUUCUUGGCACUCUUAUCGAAUAGUUCCGAUGAGCGGACGGGAGUGGCAAGAACGUGCGCCCCAAUUCUUGGUCAUAUCGGAACGCAGUGAAGUUACUGGCCAAAGAAUCGAAAGCGAUGUCUUCACGAUAAAGCUUGUUCGAACACAGUCUCGGUUGUUGAGAAGAGAGAGUCUGAGUCAGUGCCUGCUGAAAGAUGGAAGGCUUCCGCCUCGUUUGAUGCUCCGUCUUGUGCUCAGUUUACAAGUGUAGGUAAUGAAACUAAAAAAUCUAUAGUAGGUAUAUUUACUUCUUUGACUGUUUAUAAUCGCAGCCUAAAACGACAGGCCUUGACCCAGUUUUCAGCAUCACUGGGCAUGUCAGGUCACCAAACGCGUUCUCUGAGAAUGCUUUUGAAUUUGGCGGAAAGGGAAUGACCAUUAUGAGCAACUUAUAACGUUUUUAUUUUUCGUAGGACACUUGGUAUUAAAAUGGAUCCGUUUUUGACCACUAAGCCCUUGGAAACGAAGAGAUCAGAUGCCACCUGCUAGAACCACUUCAAUUGUCCAGGCCAUUCACUUGAACCUUAAGCCGCUUUCACGCUAGUGAGUACUUUGUCGUGAGCUGUAGCAUCGACGAUCUCUUCCUCUGUCAAGAACCCUACAGAAUUGGCUUCUAGUCUAGCUAUCUCCAACAGACUAGAUUCCUCAUCAAAUGGCUCAUCCAAUCAAAUGACAGCUGCCAGUAUAUAGGCGGGAAGAAGGGUCCGCAAUAUUGUCGCUGCUUCUUUCACAUGCUCUACAUCAUAGCUGUAGGGACUCAGUCAAAGUGCCCAACCAUCCGCUCUUGUGAGAACUCUUUUCGAAUCUUCCCGACAGCGACUAAGAAUAAACGAUAUCCCUUUGGAGUUGACACGCAACGUAAAGUGCCUCCCUAGCAGAAAAUAAGCAAAGUGCUCGACAGCCCAUACGGCGGCUAAUGCCUCCCGUUGAUUUUGGGCGUAACGUCUUUCCGUAGGAGUUAGGGCCUUUGAGGCAAAACUGAUUACACGAUUCGUGCCAUUGCUAUCGACCUGGAAAACAUAACAAAUGACAAGAAAGUCAAAUCUAUUUUAUUCUUAAAGAAAGAUUACCUGUACCAGGACCGCUCCUAGAGGGAUAGGCGACGCAUCGGUAUGUAGAACUGUUUUGUCCUCUUCGCUAAAAUAUCCGAGGGUUACGGUGCAUUUUGCGAUUUUUCCUUUAUUGCUUUAAAAGCGAUAGUUUGAAUGGGACCCCAUUCCCAACUGUCUUUGCCUGCGGCCGUCCACAAAGGUCUGGUUAAGUCAGCGAAGUUUUAAAUUGCUCCAUGGGGUUUUGAUUUCAUUUCGUUUAUCGGGGGCAACCGGAAGUAUUCCCGUUCAAUGGCUUUAUUACCCGCCCGCAUAUUAACGACUAAUCUGAAAUCCCCUUUCCCCUUCGCAACGGCGGACAUUCCGCUUAUCCAUUCAGGAGCAGAGGAUACUUUUUUCAAUAAUGUCUUUUUCUAUAUCUCAUAUCAAGAUUAUACCCAGUUUUCUGUUUAAUGGAGUCGACGGCUGUACUUACUGCGGUUCUUGUUGAACUGCAUCAAUGCUGUUGAUGCGCUUCGUGCGAUACAUGGCCGCGAAAUGGCCACGCUUUUUACAUAUGUUGCAUGAGCGGCUAAUAGCGGGACACACGCCGGAUUCCUUGUGAGCUGGCCGACCGCACUGUUUACACUGUUCUUGAGUGUUCGGUUUAAAGCGCUUCUUCAUCACUCCGUCUCGACCAUAUGCCGGGUUCCUGCCUGGCUUGUAUUCCGUGCUUGGGUUGGGUCGUCGAAAAUUUUUAAACGGUCUUUUCGUCGUCAAAGCGACCACCGGUCCGGAUGAAUUGCUCGGCUGUAAUCCCGCCUCGUACGCCUCGUUACGUGUUGCAGCCUGCACGACGUACAGUGUGCAUUAUGCGUUUUUCACAGUGUACUCUGUGUCUCGUCCUUGACGUUCGGCUUCGGCUACUCUUGUUCAAUCUCAACGUGAGGUUAAAUAAGAGUGGGGUUAUGAAUAUGUAUUUUACUUAGUUUUCAUCAAAUUGUCACCUAUAUGGAUUCGCAUUACGCGUUUUUCACAAUGUACUUUGUGUAUGUUACCUAUAUGGAUUCGCAUUAUGCGUUUUUCACAGUGUACUAUGUGUCUAGUCCUUGACAUUCGGCUUCGGCUACUCUUGCUCAAUCUCAACGUGAGGUUCAAUAAGAGUGGGGUUAUGGAUAUGUGUUUUACUUAGUUUUCAACAAAUUGUCACCUAUAUGGAUUCGCAUUAUGCGUUUUUUACAAUGUACUUUGUGAUUGUCACCUAUAUGGAUUCGCAUUAUGCGUUUUUCACAGUGCACUCAGUGUUUCGUCUUUGACGUUCGUCCAUUGAUACGUCCUCUGUGUUUUUGUGACACCUCUCUUUAGUCCCUAGCUGAAUGCGUGUGAGUCUACAUAAUUGGCUUUCCUAUAAAUGAUUCCAUUCUCCUUUCUAACUUCACUUCCUCUUCCUUUCUCCUUUUCACUUCCUUUUCCGUCAGGUAAAUGAUGAGAAAGGCCAGUGAAGGCGAUGGCACAAAUCUCCCAAAUUGAGGGGAACGUGCCUCCUGAACCGACGUUCUGAUACCUGAUACCAGAUCUCUCCAGAUUUGUGUGAGGCUUCUCAUUCACUCGUUAUACUCGCUUAUAACAUCUACUUUAGCUCCCACGUCAGAAGGCUGAUUGUUCUCCUCCUGAGGAGCGCGGAUGAACUUUCCGAUUUCCAUUUCUGUAACGGACCUUAAAAGGGAAUAUCCGAUAUAGUCACCAAGUAGCUACUGAUCUACAUUAUUAAGUAGCAAAAUAGUUACUCAAUGAAUCUUUCUGAGAUUAUAAUCAAAUAGACAUGAGUAGAGAAGCAUGAUUUUUUGGGAAUAGAUCUCAACCUCGAUUGAACAUUCACGCCUCAAAACAAUAGGAUCGACUUGCUUCAUAUUGACAAACAACACGCUGCGAGCCUUCGAUCCGACAUUUGAGCAUAAAACAACGAAAUCGGAAACAAGUAAUUUUCUACGAUCGCAGCAAUUACUUGAAGAAAUUCUCCCGCGGUAAACAUAGCUAUUCGAUGAAUUGACACAUGACAACAAAACAAUAGGAUCGAACGCAUAUUCGGCCAGCGGGCAUUGCCUUUGGCAAAUAGCACGCUAUUAGCUUUCGAUCCGACAUUUGUGUGUUAAAACAGAGUCGAGCUUGGUUAAUGUUUCAAUUACCAUUGUUUCUAUUAGUGCCACGUUGCAAUUUUUGAUUGUUCCAAUUAUUUUUUUACACAAAACUUUCGGCGGUGGACAUUACUAAACUACGGCAUCUUAGCAAACAACGUGUCGCCACAGUUUUUCCAUUCGUUUCCAUAUCAAGGAAAGCCAAUCCCUGGAAUGAACCAUUCUCCAGAAUGACGUUCCACAGUAAAAAAAUCCCGACAAAGACUAAGAGGAUAUGAGGCUUAUUUAUGACAAGUUCCGAUGUAAUUCCUUUGAGUAGUUCAGUAUAAUAUGCAAAUUUGGGCUUUCUGUCUGGAGAACGUCUUUCUGGUUGUUUGAAAAAAAAAAAUAGUCAGGCCUGGUAGCGGGUCACUUUUUAGUGACGGUCCACUGCAAGCCGAGAACACCUCUGCACUCGCCACGAGUUCCUCCGGAAUUUAGUGACGGCCCACUGCAAGCCGAGAACACCUCUGCACUCGCCACGAGUUCCUCCGGAAUUUUAUUGGAAUCUGGGUUAAGGUUUUAUGGCAGAGGUUCGUCUUGUUUAACGGGUUGCCAAUGUGAUAGUUAUGAAAGUGUGGUGUAGUAUUCUAAUUGGAUGCCGAAACGAACUUUUUCGCUCAUUUCGAAUUCUAACAGUUACCUGCUAGAACUAAUCAAGUUGUAGGUAUAGGGAUAGAAGAUGGAAACGGUAGGAAAGCCUGUUUCCAGUUCUAGCGAUUGCUAGAACAUGAGAAAUAUAUGAAAAGAUACAAAGUAGGAGGAACGGAACGGGCCUGGGAUUGAACCCACGACCUCCUGCGUAUGAGGCAGAAGCUCGUUUAUUCGUAUCGGCCUUAUUAACUUCAUAUAAAAUUCAAUUUUUGUUACUGCAAGUGAAAUUAAAAGUCACUUUUUGGACACUUUUUCUGCAGUUGAAAGUCAUUGUGUAGUCCCUUUUUCGCCAGUGUUGGUCAUUAAAAUCACUAUUUUGAGCGGCAUUGACCGCUACCAGCCCUGAUUUAGGGCGAAUUAUUUCUGGGGAACGGCUUUCGGAAGAAUGGGUUUCUGGGUUACGACAUACAAUCCUUAUACAUCAUUUUCACAGACUUCCAAUAUCCAAAAGAUUCUUAGAUUUUCAGGCAAGAAUCAUGAACUCAAACUGUACGAAUUUUUGUAGUCACGAUCCCAUGGAUUUGUUUCGUUAUUCCUAGGACAUCAUGGAAGUUUCUCAUGUUAUUGUUCUCUGUUGUUUCGACUGAUGAAUAUAUGUAAUGGGAUUCGGCUUUACAGUCUCAGUAGUUCAAACAAUAAUGUUUUAACUGCCCGGCGUUUCUGCUGUGAUUGGCAGCCUUCUUCCCUAGAAGUUAACUCAACGUGAGCAAAUUGUGCCAAACAUUUAAUUCUACCGUCCUUUGAUUGAACACCAGUUGAAAGAUAUUACACAGAUUUGAGAAUUUGGAUUGAGAUUUUGGGAACAUGGUGCUCAAUACCAUAUGUAACACAAUUUUGUGAAUCAUUAUCCUUAACAGAAUGCUUGCAAUUUUAUAUAACAAAAUUGGUUUGUGAUUCUUUUAAGUUGAAUAUAAAAAUAUUAUUUUUAUUAUGUAUGUUUAAAUGACAAAACAUCUGAUUCUACAAAAUUUUGAUCGUCAUAAGAAAUUCGCCUGUAUUCUUGUUUACGUACGAAAGCUCAUUCGAACGAAAGUUGAUGCGUAUUUUCGUUUACGCCAGCAAAAUGAAAUGGGGAAACGGUUCGAAGGAUUCGCAAUCGUUCAAAAGUAUCGGUCGUUCGUAAACAAGAAUACGGGUGAUUGAUUUACUUGAUUAGUUGAUCAGUCUUCCUGAAGUCCUGAUAAGCACUCUAGUUCGUAAACAUCGAUCGUCCUAUUCACGUUGACAGCAACUCAGACAUGUAAACUAUAAAAACAUUUUGGCGUCUAUCAAAAAUAGUAAUUAUAAAAAAGCAACACUAACAAAUACAAAGUGAAAUUUUAGUUCAAAAUUGUUCCAAAACUAAUUAAAACAAACAAAAUAUCUUAGAGAUAAGUAAUAUUUAAAAAACAAAACAAAAAACAUAAAUUAUUUAUUUCCUUUGAAAACAGAGAAGUUGGAAAAAGAAACAAAAAUCUAAAAUGAAAAAAGCAAUUUAGCUUGAAAUUAAAAUUUAAUUUCUGUGAAAUUGUGUUUAUUAUAACUUCUUUUUUAUUUUAAAAAGUUUACAAAAAUCUUUGGCUCUACUUGAAGACAUGAAAAUUACUACAUAUAUACAGCAAUCCAGCACUGUUAUCUCUUUCCAACAUUUGGUAAUCAGAAACAACAAUCCAGCAGUCCCGCCCAUAAAAAGCAUAAUCCUCCUUAUAUUUAAAGCAUUGUACACACUUGAAACAAAAGUAAAGAACUCAUACUAUUCAAACGAUUAAAUAGAAACGCCGAAAGGAUUACAUCCCACAUGGAACGAAGAAGAAUAAAUCAAAAUAACUUUUUGGCUCAAUGCGAAAAUUUAAUUUUUGGUUUGACAUACCAAAAGACGUGCGUUACUAACCAUUGAAAUAAACAAAAAACGAAAACAUUCAGACAUUUAACACGUCAUGGGAAGGCUUGAGUAGCAAGCAUUGAAACCGGGGAAGAAGUAUGAAUAGAAAACCACACGAAACUGUCUAAAACUAAGUAAAAACAAAUCCAACAGUUAUCCACUAAGAAGCAAAACAUACAACCAAUCACGAAACAAACUGAGAAUAAAGAAAAAACAAAUGUAACAAAACAAGGACGAAGGUAGUGUGUAGAACGAAAAACAAAAACAAGUAAAAUGCAACAACAAAACGAGAAUGUAUUGUACAAUUUACGCGAGAAACAUUCACACAUACAUACAUACAUACACACACACAAUCGCAAGUACACGUUCAUACACAUUCGCAACGUACACACAGAAGCAAACGGAAAAUCGAGUAACGGAAGAAAAGAGGUGCGACUGUGAAAAGUUUUUAUUUUUCUUAAUAUUCUAAUUUAACUUUAUUCCGUUGUCUACAUAAUCUGUCAUCAUGAUUCAUCGUUCAUCAUUCGUCAUUGUUGUUGGUCCCUCCUCCCCUUUCACCCUCAUACAAUCAAUCACAAACAUCCAUUUCGUCGUAAUGUUAGUUGUCCUUUGUUUGUAAGGGUGAAUAUUUACGUUUAGCUUUUAUUUUCUGUAUAAAUUGUGUAUAAAUGUAAGGCAGAAACAUUGUUCCUUUAUACUUGAAUAAAAAGAAAAAGAUAAAAACGCGAAAGAGAAACAAAAAAAUCUACCAUUGUUUGAGAAUGAGAAAAAAAAGAAAUAUUUGAAUGAACAUAAAAAUAGUAAAAGAUAAAUUAAACAUGCAAAAAAAAACUAAACUACUUGUAAAUUACAAUCGCUUUAAUUGAUAAACCAAGUGAGAAAUAAAGAUGGCAAAAGAGAAAAAAGAAAAAAAAGAAGCAUUACAACAAGACGGACAAGUGAUUCUUGGUAAAACAUAAAAUCGCUACAUAUUUUUAUGUUCUAGAUUUUAAGUUUUUUUAUUACUUAUUUUAUUGUAACAAUCUUAUUUUGGAAUGUUUCUUGAGAAAAGAGAAAUAUAGAUGCUUAAGAAUAUGUUUAAAA